AUGGCGUCCCGGAGCGAUUAUACUGUAGGAUGGAUAUGCGCACUGCCCCUGGAGAUGGCCGCGGCGAAGGCGAUACUUGACCGGCGUCAUCCUGACCUGCCUGCGGAUCCGGCCCUGAACGAUACCAAUGCCUAUGUGUUCGGAAGUCUUGGUAGCCAUAACAUCGUGAUUACUUGUUUGCCAUUUGGCGUGUACGGGACGACCUCUGCCGCCGCUGUGGCGGUUCAGAUGCUUGCGAGCUUCAAAUCUAUCCGGCUAAGCUUGAUGGUUGGCGUCGGGGGAGGAGUGCCAAACACGCGAGAAGAUAUUCGCCUUGGUGAUAUUGUUGUGAGCAGACCGACGCCGGGCCGCCCCGGUAUCAUCCAGUACGACUUUGGAAAGAAAAGAGCCGAUGACCAUUUCAGCAGCACGGGAAGCUUGAAUAAACCCUCAGCACUGCUUCUCACCGCAGCGGGAAAGGUUGAGACAAAUAAUAUUUUAGGAGAGAGCCAGGUCCCCCAAUAUAUCGCUAAGAUCGCGCAAAAGGACCCCAUCUUUGGGUAUCCAGGACCAGAGCAAGACCUACUCUUUGAACCAGACUAUAACCACGCUGCCGGUGAUAAUUGCGACCAUUGUGACCCCGACAGAAUAGUUCAAACCAGGCGGCCGCGCACAACGCAGAACCCCAAAGUUCACUAUGGCCUGAUUGCGUCUGGCAACCAGGUCAUGCGGCACGGGCCUACUCGAGAUAAGCUAGCGCGUGAGCACGGUAUCCUCUGUUUCGAGAUGGAGGCGGCUGGACUCAUGGACAUCGCCCAAUGCCUAGUUAUCCGGGGAAUAUGUGACUAUUCAGAUUCACACAAGAACAAGCGAUGGCAGGGCUACGCUGCCGCUGCCGCUGCCGCCUAUGCAAAAGAGAUCUUAACUAUCAUCCCUGCGGCACCAACGACAGCCCCCCUGGCUUCGAUCACAGAUACAAACGUUGCUAUUCUCCUUGAUGCGUUACUUCUCACCAGACCAGAGGUAGACCGAAGUUCUUUAAUAGCUCUUAAAGGCCGGAGGGUAGACGGCACCUGCGAAUGGCUUCUUAGACAUCCUAGCUAUCAAGAAUGGCUAGAAAGCACUGAUCAACCGCUUCUCUGGCUCUCGGGUGGGCCCGGAAAGGGGAAAACGAUGCUGGCCAUUUACUUGACAGAACAGCUGCAGUCAGUGAUACACUCAACAGACAGUGUUCUCCUAUACUAUUUCUGCAGCAGUAGAGACAAACAGCGGAACACAGCAGUUACUCUCCUAAGAGGUGUAUUGCACCAGUGGCUUAGUAACUACCCUUACCUAGCCCACUAUAUCCAGAACUACUUUGACGGGCCCGAGACAACCAAGUACACUAUUUCGAGCUUUGUAUGCCUAUGGAAACUCUUUCUCAUCCUCCUCCAUCAGAUUGGGCACUGCGAGGUAGUGUGCGUUUUAGACGGCCUGGAUGAAUGUGAGGAGGAGUCUCUCAGGCAGCUUCUUGACGUCCUUAGGGAUUACGUUUCUGGACCGGAGGAGAAACCGAAAGCACUCCUAAAGGUAAUCCUCCUCUCUCGCCCCCAGCCAACCUUUAUAGAGAGUAAGCUCGGACAAUUCCGUCGGAUUAGACUGGACGACGACUCAGAUGUGGAGGUUGGGAAGGACGUUGAGAAAUAUAUCUCAACUAAGAUUGCCGAACUAGCGUCUGAAAAGACUCUCUCAGAAGAUAAACUGCUACAAGUUCACCAAACAUUGAUGGCUGGUGCUGACGGAACCUUUCUAUGGGUUGGGUUUGUUGCGGAUGAACUCAAGGGAAGAAGUUGGUCGAGAGUCAAGGAUAUUCUCCGCAGUGUGCCUAAGGGCCUUGGGGGAAUCUAUCGACGGCUCCUGCAGCAAGUUGAAGACAAGGAAAAGCUGCUUCCUAUUCUUCAAUGGGUUGUCCUCGCUGCCCGGCCUAUGACGGUAGAGGAGUUGACAGUGGCAGCGAGCAUCCAGGCCUCUGGCAACCAGACACCAACGGAAAUCCUGAAUGAUCGGCUUGCAUCGUGCGGACUCUUGGUAAAAAUCGAGCAAGAUGUAGUCAACCUUGUCCAUGAAUCAGCAAGAGAGUACUUUCAGAGUGACCAGAUCAAUUCUGAGGACAUCAGUAUCUUUUUUAUGGAUCACACCACCCAUCGGACGCUCACACGCAGUUGUCUGGCCAUCAUUGAAGGCAACUACAAAUCCCGAGGCAGUAUCAGCGCUAUGCCUCACCAUAACACUUUUUUGACCUAUGCAAGCCUUUACUGGCCAGAGCAUUUCCGAUGCAGCUUCGACACAUCAGAGGUUCAGUCUGAGUUUUCACUACAGUUCUUCCGCAACCAGUCUCCAGUUAGAGAGGAUUGGUGGAAGUUUUACUGGGACCGGGAACAACACGGCGGUGCUCCGCCCUCGUUCACGCUCUUACAUCUCGCCGCGUAUUUCGGUAACCUGCCAUGGGCCAAAACACUGCUCGACUACUGCUCGACCAAAAGUGUGACCACCUUCCGCCGUCCGAUAUCACGGAGGGAUAGCUAUGGUCGGACACCCCUUUUCUGGGCAGCCGCGAGAGGUCACCGAGAUAUGGUGGAGCUUUUGCUCGACCAUGGCGCUAAAAUCAAUGCGAAAGAUGGGAAUAAACUGACAGCACUCCAUGUGGCAAUCACUGGAACGCACAAGGAAGUAGUGUCUCUGCUGCUGGAACGAACUGCUCCAAUUGAGGAGAAAGGCAGCUAUGGUGAUACCCCGCUGGUUCGAGCUAUCCAGGCGGGUUCCAAGGAUCUUGUACAGUUACUCUUAGAGUAUGGAGCCCAGGUUGAUGGAUUGCCCACACCUCCAGGAGGUUCUCCCCUAAUAGGUCCUCUGAUCCCAGUGGAGGAGCGUGCGAAAGAACUACUCAAGCUUCAAGACCAGCUCUUUGCAGCGCGAUAUGAGAACCAAUCGAAACUGGUUGACCUCGUGAUCCGCAUAUUAACAGUGUCUCUGCAAUUCCCGCCAUUCUUCAAAGUGGUUUCGCUGUACAUGAGGCACUGGUCUGUUGGGCGCUGGGAGGUGUUGCAAGACCUGGUUAAGAAUAAUGAGUCGUUGAGAUUGCGAAAUUGGGCACAGUCAUUUAUUGCGUUUGGCGACCAGCUAAUCGACUCCAAGGAUCCCAGGAAACUGAAUGCUAUGGUGAAACUCACGGUCGAGAUUUUCGAAGUCGUCUCGACCCCAGACCUGGAAGCUCUCCUAGUCAUGGGCAUUCUUGUGGGCUCAUCCGUUAUUCUGAGAUCAGCUAUGAACAAAUGGAGAGAAGGGGUAGACAUAUCGGCCAGGACCUUUGCGCAAUUCUGUUCUUUAGCCUACCAAAGAGGCAUCGGUGAGGCCGUUGACUACGGGGUUCGUGAGUUUCUAGUCGAUAUCGACUCUGCCAUUUGGCGCGGGAGAAGGGCAGAGACAGUCGAUCGGUUGGGUGUCGUGUUCAGUGCGCUCCACGCCAUCGUCGCCAGCGGAGAUAUACGGCCGAUUGAGUACAUGGUGACGGUCCUAGGGGGUUAUUUUCAAGGCUAUGUCGGUGGUAGGCUGGAGGAACAGCUGCUUGAGGAUACCAACCAAGCAUGUGCUAACGAAGUGGGCGCCAUCAGUGAGUCCCAAGAUGCGUCAAGGCUGCAUCUCUUUCUAUCUGCCAUCCAUCAGCUCUCCCAGUGUGCGAGCGAGAAAAUGCGGAUCUGGUUUCUAGACCUGAUUCCUGCCUCAUGCCAGAUCCUCUGUCGCGCCAACCCACGUCUCCAUAGAUGGUUAAUCAGUGAGGGAAUACCGGGCGUACUGAGUGCUUUGAUAUAUCAGCAACCAGACUCGGAUCGAAGAUUGGUAUUCAAAGCUUUUGUAGAAUGUCUGAUCAUAGGCAAGCAGUACGGUUUGUCUCUGCCAGUGGAGGUACGAGCUUUGGUGAAACGAAAUUUUGAUCUUAUUGAUGGAGUGGACGGAAUGCUGGAGGAAAUCCUUAGUAGUUGA